AUAGAAAACAUAUUCUCUGUCACUUUCCAGUCAGUGGUUAAAAUAUGGUGAGAGCUGCACACAGAGAGCCGUCAGAGAUCAUAACAGAAUAUGUAAAUCUACCCGAUGUACCAGCCAGGAGUCGCUUGAAUAAAGUUGGUGAAGAGACUCCUGCUGCAGCGGGAACGAAACUGAUCAGGCUGGUGGCUGUGAGCUUUGGACUUUUGUGUAUUAUGCAAGUCAUUCUCAACAUCUCCUUCCGUCUUGCGCUGUACAAGAAGACAUCAGAUAUUGAGAUUAUCUGCAACAACGUGUCGGAGACAGACGAGCUGAGAAAACUGGCUGAUCACCAUUUUCAACAAGGAUGGGUAUACAUCCGCCCCAGUUUCUAUUAUAUUUCUUCUACCACGAAAACCUGGAAGGACAGUAGAAAGGACUGUCUGCAAAGAGGGGCCGACCUGGUGAUUAUCGACUCCAUAGAAGAACAGGACUUUACAAGGAAAUUUCACAAACCCUUGUGGAUUGGACUGACUGAGGGAGGGAGAAAAGGAGAGUGGCAGUGGGUGGAUGGGACUCCACUGACGACAAGCUACUGGGGCACCGGGGAACCCAACAAUUUUGAGGGCAAAACAGAAGACUGUGUAGAAAUAAAGUUCCACGAUAACAAAAACAGCUGGAAUGACAUACCAUGUGAAGACUUAAACUUUUGGAUGUGUGAAAAGAAAGUGUCUCUGUAAGUCAGCUUAUAUGAUAUCCUGUAAAGCUGAACAGCACUUUAAGGUUUAAUCUGAAUUCACAAAAUCAUAUAAUCUGAAAGGUUGUCUGACAGUCUACAGCUCUACAGUUUCAUUUAGCAGACGCUUUUAUCCAAAGCGACAUACACCUGAGAAUAGAUACAGCACAAGUAAGGAUCUAGUCAGGAGAAAACAACCUGGAUAAGAGCCAUAAAACAAGUUCAAGUGUGACAGUCCCAUGUCUCUGUACUAUAAAUGUGAAGAUGUUGGAUUUUGGAUUAUAAUAAACUGCACAAUUACAAAAAUUACAUAAACCUAACAGAUUAAUGCAGCAAUGUAAAGUAUUACUGUUCCCUACAUUCAGUUAUGUAAUCACAUUAGUUACUAGCAGUGCCACCUUGAUCUUCUUAGACAUGCAACUGAGCCUUAAUGGAAAAUUUUGAUGGCAAAACCAUCAUAUUUUGCUGUUUGGGAUGGUUUUCACCAGCUGUACUGUUGACUUUGAGUAAAUGCUUUAUUACAGUGAGUAAAAAAUAAAGAUCUUGUAUGUUAGGUUGGGGAUUUGUGCAUUUGUGGUAGUAAAUGUGCAAAUGUAAGGUUUAAUGUUGUGUUUUUUAUACUGUUAACUGAAAAUUACAUGACAGUGCGUCUCAAGUGAUGUUGCAGAGUAGCGCAAAAGUAAUGUAACAGACAAUGUGAUGGAUUACUUUCUACUGGGAGUAAAAUAAGUGAUGCCUUA